CCUCAGGACCCAGGGCUGUGGUAGGUCACAGUCUCUGAGCGGGUCUCAGUAUCCAACACUGUAGCUGGUGCCCGCCAGGUUCCCAGUGGCUGGGGUCACCAGGUCUGAAGAGAGAUGUGCUGGCUGCGGGUGUGGGGCCAGAUCCUUCUGCCAGUUUUCCUCUCCCUCUUUCUCAUCCAAUUGCUUGUCAGCUUCUCAGAGAAUGGUUUUAUCCACAGCCCCAGGAACAAUCAGAAACCAAGAGACGGGAAUAAAGAGGAAUGUGCUGUAAAGAAGAGUUGUCAAUUGUGCACAGAAGAUAAGAAAUGUGUUUGGUGUAGUGAAGAAAAAGCGUGCAAAAAAUACUGUUUUCCAUAUUUCGGAUGUCGAUUCAGUUCUAUAUAUUGGUUAAACUGUAAAGUUGACAUGUUUGGAAUCGUGAUGCUUCUACUCAUUGCAAUAUUAAUUACAGGAUUCGUUUGGUACUGCUGCGCCUGUCACUUUUACCUGCAGGAGUAUGCUCAUUUUAUCCUUAUUAAGAAUGCACUUUGGGGUAGUAUCAUUGAAGAGAAUACUGAGCUAGUCAUCAGGAAAUGUUUUGCCUUUUUUAUGUAAUAAAAAUAAUAUAUCCACAUGGUAAGGAAGAAAAGUCCAAAAAGUACGGAAAUUGUAAAAUGAAAAAAAAAAAAGUUUAACUUUCUCAUCCCCCACUCCACCUCUAACACUGUCUUCCCAGAAGUAAUCCUUUUAGUAUGGUUCUAUUUGUUGUUCUUCUGUAGUUACCUCCAUAUAUUUGAUUUUGAUGGUUAUGUUUUCUUUUCAUGAUUUAUUAAUUUUAGAUGUUAUCUAUUGACCCCCAAUCAUUAAAGCAGAAAAACUUACCUUGCACUAUACACAUUUUUUUUUUUUUUUGCUAUUAGUAGGUAU